AUGAUAAAAGGCAAAGUUUUUAAGACUCAACUGCAAUCAAAGAAGUACCUAACAACGGAAGCCAUCACGCAUAUUGCAUUUUUUGUUAUCAGAUUGGGUCUUUUCGCCAUUAGCCGUGCAGUAAACUUUCAUCUCAAGAUAACGCCCAAGAGAAGGAUAGAGGCUGUAAAUGACUUCAUUACCAACCUUAUAUUUUCACUAUUUUUGCUGUUUUUUAUCCUUCACAGCCUCUUCAUAGAAAACAUUUACGGAUAUUGCUUGUCGGUUCUUUUAAUGCUUCAUAAUUUUGUCUUCAUGCUUGUUAUGAUAUUGAUGUCCCGCUUUGGCGUUCAAAUUAAAGUCAAACUCUGGUCUGUUGGUCUUGUGAUAUCCUUAUCCUACAUUGUGGAGAUGUGUGCCACCAUCUUUUAUAUAUACAAGAAAAGGGCCGAGAACAGCAGGGCCCUGUUCCAAACGAUAGGGGCAGACCCAAAGAUAAAUGAUAUGUUCUCAACACGAAAAAAGCUUCAAACGCUUGGCACUAUAAACUUAUUUAUUCCCGUUAUAAUAAUAAAAAAGUUGUACUUUAUUCCCUCACAGUUUGAGUUGAAAAUCGAAUGGAUUAAUAUUGUAGUAUUGGCCCUGACAGUGCUUCAGCAGCUGUUUGUCUACGCAAAGUUCCACAACGAGGAUUUGGUACAAAGAAGGAUAGCAAUAGCGGUGACUAUCGUUAAAUUAGCAAUCAACAUAGUGUUGAUCGUAACGACUUCAAUAGAGUUCAUUUACUUACUUAGGAGAGCAAAGGAUGUACGGAUUAUAAUAUACGUAGAGCUUUUGUUAAUCACACUUGUUUUUCUAUACUACCUGUGGAUAGACAUGAAAAAUUUUGGAAAAGGAUUAAAGGAGCAUAUUCUAUUUAGGACAAGGGGGCUGACCCUUUGA